CGUUUUAUACCGUUUCCUUCAAACUAUGAGGUUUCUCUAUAUUUCUGCAGUAGCUCUCGUUAUUUCCGUUGCAGCUAUCGGAAAUCCAUUUGGAGGAGACGAUAAGUGUGAAGAAGGAAAGCCGACUUGUCCACCUGGAUAUAAAUUUCAAGAAAGAGAGGGUAAACGUGGAUGGUGCUUGAAGUACUUCCCUGGAAAUACAACAUUCGAAGAGGCCGAGAAAAUUUGCAGAUGUCAAGGAGGAGCAUCACUCUCUGGAAUUGAAAAUAUGAAAGAGUUGACUUGGGUUAUUGUCCAAGCCAAGGCUUCGUUUGCUGAAGAAGGAAUCCAAACAGGAGGAAUUUGGGUCGGAGCGUACCGUCGCAAAGCGUGCUGGGAUAAAAAGAACUUGAACAAAACCGAGUGCUCAAAAGAGCUUCAAUACCAGUGGACCGAUAGAAAUACUGUUGGAAAUCUGAUGUGGAAGAAGAGAUGGACUGCGGGAGCACCACAUGACAAUACUGUUGGAGAUCACCACGAGUAUUGCGUCCAGCUUCAAGUCACCGUCGACCCAGCUUUGGCGAAUAAGAACCUCACUGGAUUUUUCGAUAACAGAGUAUGUGUGAACCCAGCUGCUGAAAAUCAAUUCCCAUCAGAAGGAUUCCUUUGUGGACGUCCACCAAAAUACACUGGAGGCGGAAAUGGCGGAUAUGGUGGUGGUGGUGGACUUGUAAUCAUUGGAGCCGGCAAACCAACAAAGAAACCAUAAUUUUAGAAGUUGCAUUUUCGGUUAUUGGAUUAAAAUUAUAAACUGAUUCUGUGA